UUGAAAGCAAAUUUUCAUUCAAUCCAAUCAUGGCAUAUCGUGGAAAGAAUGCAGUAGUCACUGGCGGAGCAGGCGGCAUAGGGCUACAGGUGGCCAGGCAAUUGCUAUCGAAUGGUGCAGCGAAGGUGGCCAUAAUUGAUUUGCAGGAUAAUUUGGAAGAGUUUGUCAAGCUACGAGCUGCCCAUCCGACCCAGAGUGUAAUGAUCAUCAAAAUGGAUGUGGCCAAUCGUAAGGGAAUCGAGGCCACCUACGAGGAGAUUGUUAAAACCUUUGGCAGCAUUGAUAUAGUUGUCAAUGUGGCUGGCAUUUUCAAUGAUAAGGAUGUGCAACGGACUUUGCUGGUCAAUUUGGGUGGCAUUAUGAAUUCCACACUGAGUGCCCUGCAGUAUAUGAACAAGGAGAAUGGCGGCAAUGGUGGUCUGAUCGUCAACAUGAGCUCGGUGGUAGGUUUGGAUCCAAUGUUCAUUAUACCAGUCUAUGGAGCCACCAAAGCGGGCAUUAUUAACUUUACCCGUUGUCUGGGAAAUGAUCAGUUCUAUCAACGAUCGGGCAUUAAGUUUGUCACAGUUUGCCCGGGAGCCACUAUGACCGAUAUGUUUACCAAUUUCACGGAGAAGAUCAUUUUCCCGGAGACUAGCGAUGAGACCUACAAAAUAUUGGAUAGGCUCAAUAAACAAAGUGCCACCGAUGUGGCCAGAUGUAUCCUCAGUGUGUUGGAUAAGGAAAAGAAUGGAGCUGUCUAUGUCAUUGAGGGAAAACGAGUCUUUCCACUCGAAUUAAAGCAACAAUGGACAGGUAAGGAACACGCAUAGAACAAUCGAGGACGGGAUAACGAGAGAGAGAGAGAGAGCUGUUGCAUCAUCUUUAACAAAUCCUUCUACAAAUACAUAUACAUAUAUUAUAUUCCAAAAUUAGCAUUUAAUAAAAACAUUUAUUGGUUAGCUAAUCCUGGCGCCACUUAACCAAAA